AUGCCCGCCCAUUUGUACUACCCCGACGACAGCGAUCAUCAGGGACACCACAGAAGCGCCAGUCACUCCUUCAAAGGAAGGAUCAGGAGGGCUUCGCUCUCGCUCAUGAAGGGCUUUGCGCAACGUCGUGACCGCCGCAGCUCUGAACCGGCCGUCGAUGGCUACCUGAUCCAGCCCAGCACCAGCAGCUCGACCUGGAAUCGCUUGCGCUCCGCCACAUCCUUCCGACAUUCAAGGAUACUGUCCCGGCAGCCGUCUCUCGAUCCUGUCUACGCGCAGCUCGAAUCAUCGUAUGUGCCCGAUCUGCCGAUACCUGGCAAUGGAAACGCCCCUCCGAUCAUCCCCUCCAAUACUGGCGCAGCAGCCAAGGCGGCUGCAGCUAUGCAGAACGAGUACCUCGCUUUAAGUGAGCGCCAAAGACAGGAUGGGUGGUCGUACAUCGAAGGUGUGCACAACGACGGGGAGAGUGGCAUUGGCAUUAGCUUGACCCCGUCAGAAUCGAACGUCGACAUGGUCUCGGAGAUGGACUGCAGCAUCCCUAGGAUAGAUUUUGUCUCUCACCUGCCGCCCGAGCUCGUCGUCCAGAUCCUGUCGUGUCUGGAUGCCGCACAGUUGAGUGCCGUUGGCAGGGUCUCGAGGCGGUGGAAUCAGACCGUCUCGGAUCAGCACAUCUGGCGCGAAGCAUUUCUGCGUGAGAAGACGCGGACUUAUGCUACUGGUCACAAUGCCCAGCCGGGUACGGGCUGUGGCAUCCCUCCCGUCCGCCAAGGGAGUGACUGGCGCAUGAUCUACAAGGCGCGACACGAGCUUGAGCAGCAAUGGACAACAAAGAAACAGCCUCAGGCUACCUAUCUGAACGGGCAUCUGGAUAGUAUCUACUGCCUGCAGUUUGAUGAGAACAAAAUCAUCACUGGCUCCAGAGACAAAACCAUACGGAUUUGGGACAUGCACCUGUUGCAAUGCCGCCUGAUCAUUGGUCCGCCCGAGGUCGUCAACCAAACCCAAAUACUUUUUGACCCCAAUGGAAAACCGCUCCACUAUGCUUCGAGCGAAGACAAUGACCGGGCUUGUCCAUCCGUUCCUGUCACUGUGUCCUUUCCCAUUCACCACAAGGCAUCCAUCCUUUGCCUGCAGUACGACGACGAGAUCCUUGUCACAGGCUCCUCGGACUCCUCGUGCAUUGUCUACAAUGUCCGUUCGGGAUACCGACCUGUCCGACGUCUGGAGCACCACACUGCCGCUGUUCUCGACCUUGCAUUUGACCGCAAGCACAUUGUUACAUGCUCCAAGGACAUCACGAUCUGCGUCUGGGACAGGGCUACUGGUGCGCUGGUGAAGCAGCUCACGGGUCACACCGGACCGGUCAACGCCGUACAGCUGCGUGACAAUACCAUCGUGUCGUGUUCUGGAGACUUUCGAGUCAAGCUGUGGAACCUCGACAGCGGCAAGGUCGUCCGUGAGUUCAUGGGCCACACAAAGGGACUCGCUUGCAGUCAAUUCUCUGAAGACGGCAGGUAUAUUGCCUCUGCAGGUAGUGACAAGGUCAUCCGCAUUUGGGACGCCAACACGGGCGAGUGCAUCCGCGAGAUCCAGGCCCACGAGUCCCUGGUGCGCAGUUUGCAUAUUGACAGCAUCAGCGGCCGCCUGGUCAGCGGCAGCUACGACACGGAUAUCAAGGUGUUUGACAUGGAGACGGGCGAGCAGGUUGCGGACUUCCCACGCCGGCACGCCAGCUGGGUCCUCAGCGCCAAGAGCGAUUACCGGCGCAUCGUGAGCACUGGGCAAGACCCCAAGAUCCUGAUUCUCGAUUUCGGCGCAGAUGUUGCUGACAUCCAGUGCCUCGAGAGCUCCCGCAAGCGCGAGUCGGUGUAUGACGCUGGCUUUAUUUGA